CCGCAUUUAACAGUAAUGUGUGUAAUAUUAUAACAGGAGCGAACCACUUCUCCUGUGGGAGUUUUACUUGGCGAUAGGCGGCAGUUAACAGGAAUGGCUGGGACCGGCUGGCGGGGCUAUUUCCUUUCUGUAUUUGACUAUAAAACGGAAAAAUACGUAAUUGCAAAAAACAAGAAAGUCGGCGUCCUGUAUAGAUUUGUGCAGCUAGCAAUCCUGGCGUAUAUCGUCUGGUGGGUCUUCCUGACAAAGAAAGGCUACCAGGAAGUGGAGGAAUCUAUCCAGAGCUCAGUGAUCACUAAACUUAAGGGUGUGAUACUCACCAAUACCACGGAGACGGGAGUACAUAUUUGGGGGCCGGAAGAUUAUGUCAUUCCCCCCCAGGGGGAGAAGGUCUUUUUCAUCAUUACAAACUUUAUUGAGACACCAAAACAGGUGCUUGGAUACUGUGCUGAGAGUUCCAGGGUCCCAGAUGGCCGCUGUACUGAGAAUGUAGACUGUGCAGAAGGAGAGAUGGUGGUGGCUGGGCAUGGAAUUAAGAGUGGCCGGUGCCUGAAGAAGGACAGAAACUCCACUGGCACGUGUGAGAUAUAUAGUUGGUGUCCAGUUGAGAGGGGCCGUCAACCACGAGAACCAGUGUUGGGACGAGCUGAAAACUUCACCAUCUAUAUAAAAAAUUUCAUCCAGUUUCCUAAAUUUGGAUUUUCAAAAUCAAAUGUACUGAAAACUAAUGAUGACCAGUACCUAAAGAAAUGUUCCUAUGACAAAAUCCAGCACCCAUAUUGCCCAAUUUUCCGCCUAGGGGAUAUAGUUAGAUGGGCAGGACACAAUUUUCAGGAAAUGGCUGUUAAGGGUGGAUCGAUUGGCAUUAUGAUUGAGUGGAACUGUGAUCUGGACCGGGAUUACUCCCAAUGUAACCCCCACUAUAGCUUUGCUCGGUUGGAUGUCAACUCUGCCUCCAGCUCAGUCUCAUCUGGCUACAAUUUCAGAUUUGCUAAGUAUUUCAAAAAUCCAGCUGGGCAGACGUACCGAACACUGGUUAAAGUGUAUGGAAUCCGCUUUGACAUCUUGGUUUAUGGAAAGGCUGGAAAGUUUAACAUCAUCCCUACAAUAAUUAAUAUUGGCUCCGGUCUUGCUUUAAUGGGAGCUGGUGCCUUCUUCUGUGACCUGAUACUUUUGUACCUGAUCAAACAGAGCACGUUCUACAGAGAGAAGAAGUUUGAAUUAACAAAAAAGGAUAAAAGCAAGAAGGAUAUAGAUGGGGCAGAUGGACAGAAGAAUCCUGUGAAAUAGAUCUUGCAGGAUAGAAGGUGUCCUCUGCAGGCCACCAGAAGGGAAUGUCAUGCUAGGGGGCUUUCUGGAGCUCCAAUACCAAAGCAGGAAGAGGAAGUACGCAUACACAUUCAUCUGUUAGCAUGCCAGCACUCCCACCAACACUCUGAGCACCAAAUAGGUGGUAUGGUUUUGGGGAUCCCCAAAGGACUGGACAACGGAAGAUUCUCACUUCAUCAGUAGUAAGCUUGAUGUGAAGUUCCAUUGCGAUUUAACCAUGAAACAGAAUUUGCAGCAAAAACAUUACUCUCGUUCACUCUCUCAAUCAGAACCAAAACAGACCCAGUUUAACUGGCAGCAGAGAUACAGGCAUGGCUUUCAGAUGGGAUGUACUGUGCUCACACUGAUUGCACUUUUAGUAGAUGAGAACCAUGAACCCUGAAUGCUUUUUGAUAUGAGCAUUUUGUAAGUGAAACAAUAUCAGACUGCAUUCCCCAAAUGUCAAGCCUAUAAGUUGCCCCACAAGGGUGUUAAUCUGUGUAUGAUUAAUGUCACUGCUGUGUGCUUAUUAUAUACAAAAUUAAAGCAUUCCCUUUCAUA